UGGGCAAAGCCAGGCAGAGCGAGAGCUGCAGCCGCUUCCGUGUUUGUGUGAUCGGGGAGGGUUAGUGGCACAGCCGGAGGAGCUUCUUUCUGCACUGUUUCAUUCAUUUGGAAGGGUACCGCCAAGGAAGAGGCCCGCAGGCAACAUGGCGUACGAACUGAAACAAGUAUUCGCCAGUCUCCCACAAAUGGAGAGGGGAGUCGCAAAAGUGCUUGGUGGCGAUCCAAAGGGCAACAACUUCCUCUACACCAAUGGGAAGACUGUAAUCAUCAGGAAUAUCGAAAACCCGGCCAUUGGAGACAUUUACACUGAACACGCUCACCAAGUUAAUGUUGCCAAGUAUUCUCCCAGUGGAUUCUACAUUGCAUCUGGAGAUAUAACAGGAAAGAUCCGUAUCUGGGACACCACCCAGAAGGAGCACUUGCUGAAGUACGAGUACACCCCUAUUUCAGGGAAGAUCAAGGACAUUGCAUGGACGGAGGAUAGCAAGAGGAUAGCUAUUGUUGGGGAGGGACGAGAGAAGUUUGGGGCAGUGUUCUUGUGGGACAGUGGUUCAUCAGUGGGAGAGAUUUCUGGCCAUUCAAAAGUAAUCAACAGUGUAGACAUAAGGCAGAAACGUCCUUAUCGCCUUGCCACUGGCAGUGAUGAUACGUGCGGUUCCUUCUAUGAGGGGCCUCCCUUCAAGUUCAAAUUCACAAUAAGGGACCACAGCCAGUUUGUCAACUGCGUUCGUUUCUCUCCAGAUGGAGCACGGUUUGCGACCGCCGGUGCUGAUGGCAUGAUUUUCAUCUUUGAUGGAGCAACUGGUGAACGUGUUGGCUCUCUGGGGGAAGAUAAGGCCCACAAAGGAGGAAUCUAUGCUGUCAGCUGGAGCCCUGACAGCUCCCAACUAAUCUCUGCCUCAGGGGACAAGACCGUGAAGCUCUGGGAUGUUGGUGCAGGUACAGCUGUCACCACCUUCAACAUGGGCUCUGAUGUGUCAGACCUGCAGCUGGGCUGCCUGUGGCAGAAAGACCACCUCCUCAGCAUCUCUCUGUCAGGAUACAUCAACUACCUGGACAAGAACAACCCUGACCGGCCCAUACGCACAGUCAAGGGUCACAGCAAAUCCAUCCAGUGUCUGACAGUCCACAAAAAUGAGGGGCAAACAUACAUCUACUCGGGGAGCCACGAUGGACAUAUCAAUUAUUGGGAUGCAGAAACUGGAGAGAAUGAUUGCUUCUCGGGGAAGGGCCACAGCAACCAGGUGAGCAAGAUGGUGACUACCGAUGCUGGCGAGUUGGUGACGUGCAGCAUGGAUGAUACACUGCGUUACACCAACAUCGGCAAGAAGGAGUACAGUGCCUCUGAUGUGGUGAAGAUGGAUUUCCAGCCUAAAAGUGUGUCGGCAGCAGUCGGAGGUCUGUCACUGGCUGUGUGCAUUGGACAGAUUGUCUUGCUGAAGGAUAAGAAGAAAGUCUUCACAUUGGACAAUUUUGGCUACGAAGCGGAGGUUGGAGUGAUCCAUCCUGGCGGCACCACUGCUGCUGUGGGGGGAGCAGAUGGGAAAGUCCAUCUGUAUUCAAUUCAGGGCAACACUCUGAAGGAUGAGGGCCAAACCUUAGAUGGCGAUGGACCCAUCACAGACAUGGCCUACUCCAAUGAUGGUGCCUAUCUGGCUACCAUUGAUGAGAAAAAAGUUGCCAGAGUCUAUAGUGUGGCAGACAGCUACUCGGUCAAAAAUGAUUUUUAUGGACAUCAUGCCAAACCAGUGAGUUUGGCCUGGUCACCUGAUAAUGAGCACUUUGCGACUGGUGGGAUGGACAUGAUGGUGUAUGUUUGGACAGUUAGUGAUCCAGACCAGAGGAUCAAACUCCCAGACUGUCACCGUUUGCAUCAUGUCAGCGGCCUGGCCUGGAUAAAUGAGCACACUCUAGUCACCACCUCCCAUGAUGCCAGUGUCAAGCAGUGGACAAUUACAUACUGAGCUGUAAGCAAACAUCCACAUCUCCAGGGACAAGGACUACUGUAGAACUCAAGCUUUCCCUUUUUUCUUUUUUUUUUUUUUUUUUAAACUGUACUUUCACUAUCUAAGCGGUGUCUAUGCUGUCUGUAAACAUCUGACUUGUAAACAGUAAUGGCUGGGAAAAGCUCCCAUAAAAACAGUCUCAUAUGUCUCUCUGAUGUGAAUAACCUCAGCUUACACAGAGACAAAAUGUUGAGAUACAGAGUGUAACCAUGAGUGCUUUUACACCUUUUUGACCGUUACGGACCCAGAAAAAUAUUUGAAAACUCAUCAUUCCAUAAGUGACUCAGUUCAAACUGAAAUCCUUGUUGUGGUUGGGGUCAAUGCAUCCUAGCUUAAAGGGAAGAACCAAAAGUACAUUUUUUUUUUGGUUACAUUCCUGAAAUGAGAAGUUACUAGUCCUAACUGCAGUUGCCUGUCACUUUAUAUUUUCAAGGUUUUAAGGGGGUGAGUGUCUUUGCUUUUCGCUUUGUCCUAGAUUUCAACCUUUUUGUGAUUCACUACUCUUCUUGUCGAACUGGGGAGCAAUAAUAGGAACUGAAAGAUCAAAGUAUGUAUACAAUCAAGAUGCUGUCUGUCCAGUAAAAGGUUCUGUGUUGUUGCUGUGUUUUUGUUUGGGCCCACGAUGCUCGUCUCACUUUUUUUUUUCAAUGUCUUUAUGCAUCUGCUUCCAAAAUGGAAGUGAUUCAUUAAUAACAAUAAUAAUAAUAAAAAAUCUUUUUAUGCA